AUGCCGGUUAUCCCAAGGGCAGGCCAGUGGCAUGUUUCGUCGCGAUAUGAGGUCAAAAACAUCAUAGGAUCUGGAUCAUACGGUAGCGUAUGCGAGGCCUAUGACAAAGAGCGUGACCAGAAUGUCGCAAUCAAGCGAGUCAAACACAUGUUUGAUGACUUGGUGGACUGCAAACGGAUUCUUCGAGAAACUGCUAUCAUGACGAGGCUCACACAUCCACACAUUGUGCAGAUCUAUGAUAUUAUCGAGCCGUCUCACAUGCGCAGUUUCGACGAAUUGUACAUAGUCAUGGAGCUCUGUGACUCGGACAUGAAGAAGCUGAUCAAGACAGAUGUCCUUCUCACACCUCUCCACAUCAACACGUUGCUCUACAACUUGCUUGUCGGAUUGAAGUACCUGCACUCCGCGGGUAUUUGGCACAGGGAUCUGAAGCCAGCGAAUUGCUUGGUGAACCAGGAUUGCUCGGUCAAAAUAUGUGACUUCGGGCUCUCCAGAGCAGUUUCAUCUGUACAGCAUGCUCCGUUGCCCAACACGCCUCGCGGCGAGGAGGAAAGCAACGAGGUCGCUGGACCUGUGGUACCCCACACAGCAAAAGCCAAAAGGACCAUGACUAGGCACGUGGUCACUCGCUGGUACCGGGCCCCUGAGCUGAUCCUCUUGCAGGAUACCUACAACGAGCAGAUCGACAUGUGGUCCGUGGGGUGCAUCUAUGCAGAGCUCCUGCAAAUGCUGGAGGGUACCCACACAGAGGAUCGAGGACCUCUGUUUCCUGGUUCGAGCUGCUACCCACUUUCGCCGGACAGAAAGCAUCGAAAGGAUCCCAGAUUCCACACGCGUGGCAGUACCGACCAGCUGAACGUUAUCUUCGACCUGCUUGGCACUCCCUCGGAGGCCGAGAUUGCCCAACUCCAGACGGAGGAGGCCAAGCAGCAUAUCCGGGCGCUAGCGCGGCGCGAGCGAAAAGGGGUGCGAAGUCGCUUCCCAGACGCACCCGACGACUCUGUGGACUUGCUGGAGAAGAUGCUGAAGUUCACACCGCGGGAAAGGGUUAAUGUGGACCGAGCCCUCGACCACGACCUGUUCAAAAAUAUUCGGGACAGAUCGGUUGAGACGGUGGCGCCUGCACCUGUCACCCUUGAGUUUGACAAAGAGCCAGAUCUUGGCGAAACAGCGCUUCGAAAAGGCUUUGCGGAAGAAAUCGCAAAGUUCCACAAGACUACCAGCGAGCA